AUGGACCUUCCCCGGAAAAAGAUUCGGCGGAUGGUGAAUAGCUGUCUCGAGUGUCGAAGGCGAAAGAUUCGUUGUGACUUGAGUACGAAUCAGUCCGAGAAAUGCACUGCUUGCGCCGGUCGCGGUAUUGUUUGCGAGAGAUGGGAGCAUUCCGCUGAUGCUCCCGACUCCCACAACCUCGAACUAAGCGCAAGGCUGCGCCGUGUGGAAUCCCUCCUGGAGAAACUGACCGAUGUUGAAUCGCUGGACGCCGUGGAGGCUGCUCUAAAUGUCGGGCCCCGAGGUGGAUCGAUCACCGCACCAAUUGAAGGGCCCACUCAUUCCCCUCUCAUCUCUCUAUUCGAUAACGCAGUUUUUGGACACCAAGAGCAGACUCCUCUGUCAAGCGGGACUGAGCAUAGCAAGUCAUCCCAAGGUACAGGAGGUCCUCAGAAUGUUAAGCUGGAGAAGCUGCGACUGGUGCUCAGCGCACUCAUCCCCACACAGGAAGAUGCAGAUCUCAUUUCCAGAUCCACGAACGCCUGGGGCCUGGGUCACUUACUUUAUUCUCCUCACGACCCUUCAUUAAGGGCGAAUGUUGAUAUAACCACCUUGUCAAAAAGCUCGCCGCUGAUUAUAGCACGCACGCUGAUGCGUUUUGCAAUUCUUAUUCAACAACUGCCUCCUGAUUUUGACACCUCGAGGCUCCAAUUCAAUUCUCCUAUUGAAGCCGUGCUACAAAAGUACCUCUACUAUGUAGCCGAUCUCGUUACCUCGAAAGAUGACUUUGCCUGUACAAUGGAGGGCUGGGAAUGUCUUCUCCUGCAGAGCAUCUUCUACAUCAAUGACGGUAACCUACGCAGAGCUUGGUUGGCGGCUCGUCGAGCUUUAUACACUGCCCAAUUUUUGGGAUUCCAAAAGAGCUAUCUGAGGUGUGUUAGAGGUUCAGAAGACGAAGGACCCUGUGAACGAGCCAACGCCAUGCUGUGGACCAGAACUGUCAUGAUUGAUCACUUUCUGGCUCCUAUCCUUGGUCUUCCAUGUGGCGUUGGCAACGACUGCUUUGGUGAAGAGGGUGUGCUAGUGCCAAUCCUGACUUUAUCUGAUGUUUUUGAGCGCAGAACCUGCUUGAUUGCCGGAAUGGUUGCUGCCAGGAACCAAAAGGAGCCGGCGCCUGGAUAUACCACCACGUUGGACAUUCACGAAAAAAUUGAAAGCCUUGGAAAGGAUAUGGGCGACAUGCUGACGAAGAUUCCAACAUUAUCUCCUUCGCCUCAAACCUUGCCUGGACAUGAUCCUUUCAAAAUGGUCCUGAUUCAAAUGUGGAUCUAUCAAAUCAUCAUAAUCCUCCAUAUACCUUGGAUGCUGCGAGCAUUCACCGACAGCAAGUUUGAAUACAGCAGAUACGUUUGCCUGGUUGCGUCGCGAGAGCACCUUCGCCGGUAUCUUGCUCUCCGAGAUACAAACAACACUCAAAAUACAGUUCGGGUUGUUGACUUUGGUACCGUCGUUGCCGCCGUGACACUGAUACUCAACCGGGUUGAAUCCGCAACACGAGGUGUCACCACGGCUGACGGGGAGAAAGACAUGAAACUGGUUUCCCAAGUUAUCGAGUCCAUGCGAAUCGCGUCUCGCGGGCCGCGAGAGUUCAUGGCUCGUCAAGGUGUGGAGGUCAUGGAGGCGCUUCUAGCACUCAAAGAUGGCACCAGAGAUCGCAAAACAAAUGACACACUGCGAUUUACCAUACCAUUCUUUGGCCCCGUCGUCAUUUCCAGAAACAACACGCCAGCUGGUCCCACGCCAGCUUCCGCUGCACAAGACCUAUUUGAUGGACACGAUCCGAUCGACACUCUUCUCCGGUCAAACGAUGUCCAGAGCAGCCAGCCAUUCGGUGCUAACACUAACAGACCUGUUCACGGUCACCACGUAUCAUUUGAGCAAGCGAAUAUCCCCGAUUCCGGUUGGAUUCCUCCUUUGCAAGCGUGGGACUUUGACACGAUUCCAGCGUGGGGCAGCUCAUUCAGCUUGUGGGAUGUGCCCGACAGCAACAACUGCGGCAAAGAUCCGGUCUGA